CCACCCUAAUUACAUAAGAAAAAUCCGUUGCAGUCUAACCGAUUUCUAUACAAUCUCGGUAGUUCUGACCUUAGUUCAUUUUGUUUAGCUGAUUCAGAAAUGCAACUAGAAGAAUCCUCAGAUGACAAAAAAGAUGCUUCAUUCAUCUGUGGUGUUGUAGAAGGCUUUUAUGGGCGCCCAUGGACACUAGAUCAGAGAAAAGAUCUGUUUGUUAAACUGCAAGAAUGGGGAAUGAAUUCAUAUUUGUAUGCCCCAAAAGAUGAUUACAAACAUAGGGCGUAUUGGCGAGAAUUGUACUCGGUUGAAGAAGCAGAGCAUCUAACUAUGCUUAUUGCUGCCUCUAAAGAAUGCAACAUAAAUUUCUUUUAUGCCCUUUCACCUGGUCUGGAUAUUACCUAUUCUUCAGCCAAAGAGAUGGUGAUCUUGAAAAGAAAGCUUGACCAAGUGGCUCAGUUCGGCUGUACGGCGUUUGCGCUACUCUUUGAUGAUAUCGAAGCAGAAAUGACCGAAUCCGACAAGGAGGCGUUUCAGUCAUUUGCACAGGCUCAGGUGUCGGUAACCAAUGAGGUUUAUGAGCAUUUAAACCAGCCAAAAGAAUUUCUGUUCUGUCCGACACAGUAUUGCGCUUCAAGAGCAGUACCUGACGUACCCAACUCGGAAUAUCUGAAUACUGUGGGAUCGAAAUUGGCCCCCGGUAUAGACGUGAUGUGGACAGGCCCAAAAGUGAUAUCGCGUUUGAUAACACCUGCAUCAAUUGAUGAGCUAACGGAAGUUCUUCGACGCAAACCAGUUAUUUGGGAUAAUCUUCAUGCAAAUGAUUACGAUCAAAAACGUAUAUUCCUUGGGCCUUAUACUGGUCGACCUUCUGCCUUGCUAACAAAACUCAAAGGUGUUUUGACAAAUCCUAAUUGCGAAUAUGGAGCAAAUUUCGUUGCAAUCCAUACAGUCGCCCAAUGGAGUAAGUGCAGCAUUGAACAUGCGCACGAUGAGAACCAAAGUAAUGACGCCAUCAGUGCCGUAUCAGCUGAUAUUAAACUGGAACAGGAGAGCCGUAGUGGCCGUAGCGAAGAUGAGGAUCCCUCCCUACCUAUGCACAUCUACCAUCCACGUUUAGCGCUCAAGAAAUCUUUACUGUUGUGGCUCCCUGAAUUCAAACGCACAAAAUCCAUGUGGGGACCCAUCAGCAAGCCACACGUCAGCAAUGUUCCCCCUGUCACGUUCAGCGCUACGGGCCAAUCGGGAGUUCCCUGCUGCAGCUCCGGGAGCCUUGAGGAAGGUGGUACGUCCCCCGGGUCGGCUCCAAUGCCAACAGCAGAUCACAGUAGCGCAGAGGAUGCCCAUGAACUCGCAAGCGAUGCCACGCUGACACCCUGCCUCGUUGAUGGAAACGAGAGUGCUGGAAGCUCCAGUAUGGUUAGUUUGGACAGGGUAGCCGAAUGCCUCGAACCUAUGGAAACAGUAGAAAGCACCUCAAGCGCAUCAUCUCAAGCCAAGAAUCUCGAUGUGGAAGAUGUCGACGAUGACAACAACAAAGAAUCGCCAUUAAAAGAGGAGAUGCCCGGUGCUCAGGAUCACGAAGAGGGAGACGUUGUCAUGGAAAGUGAAAGGAAAGAGGAAGAAGAAGACUACCAACUUACCGCUGACGAUCUUUGCCUUCUCUGUGAUGUAUUUUACCUCCCUUUUGAGCAUGGGCCACAGGGAAUGCAGUUGCUACAGGAAUUCAAUUGGCUGAAGCUAAACGCUCACUUGGUCGCUAGUAAUCCGUCCAAACCGACUGCGGCCGGAUCCCCCGAGGUGAAAGAAUGGCAUCACCGUGCCGAGAAGUUCGACACCAUGUCACGCGCGCUCAACAGAUUGUUUACUCGUCUAACGUACAUCAAUAACCGUGAACUGUUGUACGAACUUUACCCGUAUGUUUGGGACAUGAGAGGAGUCGUUGCCUUGCUAAAUUCGUACGUCAAAUGGCUAUCUUUUAAUCAAGGAUCGAAACAAGGAUUCCUAAGUGGCGAACAAGAACCAUGGGUAUUUCGCGGAGGUCUUGCUGCUGAUUUACAGUGUAAAGAGAGUCAUGGCAUGUUUGUGAGGCAAAACAGCUGUAUUGUAUUAGAUGAUGGAGUAGAAGAUAAUACUCCUCGUGCCACGUCUAUUUCUCCUCCAGUCACUGAAUCACCAGUGGUUUCGGAUGACAAGUUAAAAGUGAAGAGCAGGCUGCCUAUAUUAGCUACCCCAAAAACGCCAUCAUUGCAACAUGGCUCGUCUCAACCACUGGCUACUCCCGUCUCGUCACGCGUUGAGGCACAGCCUAAGGCUGACGAGUCUGUUCCUUCGACCCCCAAAGGCGAUUUGGCCGGAAAGCGGGCAAUUCCAAGCGGGCAAUUUAUUGAGACCGGUUUCGUUGAGACAUUGAAAACUCAGUUUACUCCUGGACAAGCUCUCUCACCUUCUCUCUCCAUGGCUAUUGAAGAAAGAGUGUCGGGUAUGCAAUUGUCGCAGGAAAACGAGAACCUCAAAGCAGAGAUUCGUGACUUAAAUGAAAAGUUGGAAACUCUGAAAGUCAGACGAAAUCAAGACAAAGAAAAACUGAAAGAGGCAGACAAAAUACGCUUGCAAUUAGACCAGCUUCUUGAAUUCAAGCGCGCUAUCCUUGAAUCCCAAUCGCAAUUACAAAAGGAGUUGGCGCGCGUAAAGCAAGAAGCAAAAGAUGCUCUCAUAGAACAACAGUCUAAAAACCACGACAGUGAUGAAUAUCAAGAAAUGUUGGAAAUGGCAACGCUAGACAAGGAAAUGGCAGAAGAAAAAGCAGAGAGUUUGCAGUUGGAGCUUGAACAAGCCAAGCAAAAGAUUGAGGAGUUAACUUUGGAUUUUGAACUUCUGAAGGCCGAAAUGAGUGAAAAAGGUGUUGAGGGUGCUGGUUCUAGUCUUGAAAUCAAACAGCUCGAACAGCAAAACGCCCGAAUGAAGGAAACCUUGGUCAAGAUGAGAGAUUUGGCUGCCCAUGAAAAGCACCAGCAUCAACGCAUUUUGAAAGAAAUGGAAGACAAAUUAAGUGAGCUCAAUGAUCUGAAGAAAGCUAAACAAUCUCUUAGUGCCCAAGUUGAAGAGCAGCGCGCAAUGGUUACGGAAUUGCAAGAACAAGUUGACGCUGCUUUGGGGGCUGAAGAAAUGGUGGAGCAGUUGACGGAUCGAAAUUUGGCCCUUGAAGAGAAGAUUGGUGAACUCCAAGAUGCAGUUGCUGAUCUUGAACAGCUGCACGACAUGAACGAAGAACUGCAAGAGACGGCUCGUGAAACUGAAUUAGAGCUGCGAGAGGAAUUGGAUUUAUCAAGAACCAAGAUCCAAGAGAUGAUCAAAGAGCGUGAUGCUAUCCACGAAAUGGUGGCUGACCGGAACGGAACCAUUGACAAGUUUCGAGAAGUGGUUCAGCAGAUGCAGCAGUCUAAUCUCCAACUACGAGAAGCUUUGGAACGUGAGACCAACAAGCCGGUGGGAGCACCGCCUGAGGUCAUUGAUUACCAAAAGAUGUUCACUGAAACCAAGACUUUUACGAAGACGAUUGAUCUAGAACUGCGCAAGCUUGACGUUCAGCAAGCGUUGCAGCAUGUUUCUUAUCUCUGUACAUAUAUGCCUGAUUCAUUUAUGGCACGAGGAGGGGACUAUCACAGCGUACAGCAAUUGCUCUUGAUGUCGAGGCUGCUCUUCAAAUGCGAUAUGCUCGCUGCUCAAGUCAAAGAAAAAUUCCCCGGAUGUGCUGGGGACUUGUCUAACGCUGUCAAAUCAGCAGGGGCCGACCAAUGCAUCUUUGGAGCACGAUUCCUUCAUUGGAUUUUCGCCCUUCAGGGGGUUGUUCGCCAAUUCUCGUAUGCCUUAAACAGUUGCUCUCCGCAGCAAUUCCUCGAGAUGGGCACGCUACAUCAAGAGAUGUUGCAACAAGAAAAAGCUAUUGAUUUUUACGUGGAACUUUUACGUAAAGAUCAACUGGACGAAAACGUUCAGUUAGAUGCUUUGGAGAAGGUCGUUACAUAUUUCAACAGUAUCUACGCUGUGCAAUUUAGCUCGUUCACUAACGGCGUAGCUCUAUUGACUGAUCAUGCCAAAGUUCUUUUGGCUUCGUGUUGUGGAUUGACUGCGUUGGGUAGCCGAGUGCAGUCGAUGAUGCAGAGUGGACACGAAGGCAGCGAUGUGGCCAAAUCGAUUAAGGAGGUGCUUAGUCAAGCAACCCAAUGGCAGCAAUACGCCCGAACGAUUAAGCGACGGCUACCUGCUGAUGGAUCUACUGGUCCCAUCAACCUCCCCGUGGAAACCUCGCCCAAGCUGAUUCAGUGCGCUGGUCAUUUGACUAGAUUGCUGAAAACUAUGUUGGCGUGGUGCCGAAUGGUCACUCAGCAAAUUUCGGUCAGCACUGAGCCGGAUGCUGGUGUGGCCGUUGCAAAAAUGCGAGAACUUGCUCAUGCUGCAGCCGACCAGGUUUAUACGGACGAUUACACCAGUGAUAACGGAUUUUUCGACAGUCUCCAUGCUUCUCUAUCGUUCGUCAAUAGCACAUAUUCAAAUGUUUCAUCUUCCUUGGUUGAUGGACAUUAUGAUUUCGACGGAACUCCUCCUGUUGAAGCUCCAAAGGCGCCCGUGGGCUUGCGAGCACAGACUCUGAAAGCAGAAAUAAGAGAUUUAGAAAAUCUGCGGCAUAAACUGGAUGAACGCGAAUCGUUAAUUAAGGAGCUCAAUAUCAUGUUGAGAAACAAGCAAGAAGAGUUGAGCGAGAUGAACGUGCGGAAAGAAAUGGCUGAGAAAAAACUAUCGAACCUGGCACGAGAUCACGAAGUCGCCACAGAAAAGUUGACGCGCAAAUUGGAAGACAACAUGCUGUUGUUGAAACGCAAGGAGAAAGAAUUUAAUGAGACCCUAGAGCACUUGCAAUCCGAUAUGGCCACGCUAGAAAAGGAAAAGGCUGAAUUGAAAGAAAAAUUAAUGCACAGCUCCAAAAAGGUUCUGCUUGAAGGAUUGACGAAAUCAGCAGCCGGUCCAGCGUCUUUUGCCUUCCCUACUCAUGCACCGGCGCAUCCUCCGCCAGUGACGACGGAAACAUCAUCCUCUUUGUCUUCCACCGUCCAGGAUUCUCCGCUAUUGUUGAGUAAGAUAUCGCACUUGCGUGAAGCGCUGCGUCAGUCGGAAAUGGAAAAGGCCCGUUUAAUGGGUGAUGAUUUGCGGAAGAAAUUCGAAGCUUUGCCUCCUUUACGGCUACCAGCGAAAAAUAUUCCCGUUUCCGAUGACACUUUGGAAGUAAAUCGUUUGAUUAAACAGGCAGCGGAACUGAAAAGGAAUAUCUUGAGAACUCAUAGCCAAUGCAAAUUUAUCGAUCCUACUGACCCCAAGUUCAACCAGAAGUCAAACAACUUGUCCACGCAGCUAUCUGUUCAACGAAUGCAAAUGGAACGUGACGUGAUCAAACUGCAGGCUGCUGUGGCACGUUUAGCAGCGUCACGCAAACCUGGAGCGGAGAUCCGGACGGCAACUACCACUUUCCCUAUUCCGGAAUUGAGCAAGGCUAUGAAUGAUUCAGCCGUAGUAGAACUGGGGCAUUUAUCGUUACCGUUGAAGAACACUACGGAUGGAAAUAAACCUCUACCGCUUGUGUUGGACAUGAAAGAAAUCCACCACCUACACCAAAUGGUUUUGACUAUGGUGUAGGUCUAAAAAAACGGCCUUUUCCCGUCCUGCUACUACCUUUGCACACCUCUUUAGUUGCACGCUUCCUAAUUUUCCGGAUUUUAGCGCUCCCUUCGUCAUUCCUAUGGGGCAGCUUUACCGCUUUUUAUAUAUGGCAAAUUAAGUAUUUAUCGUAUUCAUCAUGAGUGUUAUCAUCAAAGCUGUAUUUUCAAUCUCUGCCGAAGGUUGAAUGAAGUUUAACUAUUAAAAACGA